CCUAUUAUUCUUGCAAGGCUGGUUUGCAGUGACGAACUGAAGUUUGAGGUACAGACUGUGACUGCUGGACAAAAUGUGACCCUAAGCUGUCCUCGCCAGACCUCCGCUCUCUACCGAGAAACUUUUUACUGGAUCCGACUUGUUUCUGGAAACUGGCCUGAAUUUCUUGGAGCAACAGUUAAUUUCAAGAUUGACGACGUUUCAAAGAUUCCUCACAUUCAGACCAAACAGGAGGAAGGACAAUUUCAUCUUCAUAUUAAUGAAGCUAAGCGAAACGACUCUGGACUUUACUACUGUAUUAAAGUCAAACAACUUGAGUUCAUAUUUAUGAAAGGAGCAUUUUUGAAAAUAAGAGGUCAGGAAUCAGAUAUUAUUGAUGUCAUUCUGGACCGUCCAUCUGGCUCAGUUAAUGCAGAAAACUCAGACACUCUGCAGUGUUCAGUUCUCUCUGAUUCCGAGAAGAAAACAUGUCCAGCAGAUAACAGAGUUUACUGGUUCAAAGCUGGAUCAGAUCAUUCUCAUCCCAGUUUGCUUUAUCUACAAGAAAACAGUGGAGAUGAGUGUGAAAACAGUCCUGAAGCUCAAACUGCACAAAAAUGUUUCUACAACUUUUCUGGGACCUCUGACAGUGGGAUUCAUCACUGCGCUGUGGCUGCAUGUGGAAAGAUAUUAUUUGGAAACGAAGCAAAACUUUCGGGUGCCAACUCUAUGGAUUUUUCCAAAAUCUUUCUUCCUUUAUUGUGCUCGGCUUUGGUCAUAAGUCUUGUUGUAAUAUCUUGGCUAAUUUAUAAAAUCAAGAAGAAAAAGUGUGGCUGUUGCAAUGGUCCAGCAACAAGUGGUGGUGAUAACCAAAAUCAGAGUGAAGAAAAAAAUUUGGUUUAUUCUGCACCGACAUUCAACAAGAGCAAAGUUAAAAAAGGAGAAAGAAGGAAUGUAAGAACAGCGCAAGAGGAGACGGUCUACACUGACGUUAAAACAUUUAGAUAGAUUUAAUUUACUCUAACAUGAUGAAUUAGUUGUUGUUUCUCAUUCUUAAAACCAACAAAACAAAUAUUCAUUAAUAAAUUUGUAUUUUGUAUAAUUUAUAUACUAAGUUGCAAGCUGAUGUAGGUCGAUUGUUUAUUUUUAAUUUAGGAUUUUUAAAAUGAAGUCCUAAAUCGCAUUUACUUUUGUAAAAAAAAUUGUAUUGAGUCCAUCAGAAGUUAUAGAAAAAUCAGAUUCAUAUAAAAAAAUCUUUGUCUAAUUUUCAGCUGCUUUUAGGAGUAUUUUUUUUUCUUGUGUAUUUCCCCCUCGGUUUUUCACAAAACAUCUAAAUUAAUUGAAAACUGAUUUGGCCUCAUCUCCAAAUUCCUCUUAAAUAAAUCAGUUUUUUUCAGCGUUUACAAUUCGUGCUGAACUGUGACAUCAUUGUAUCAUUUUAUUGAUUCUAUUCUUGUCAUACAUUUUUAUUCUUUUCCGUUUCAGUGGUUCAUUCGUUUUCAUUAUCCUUUCCUAUAUAGUUAGAUGAG